AUGGAGAGCUCGGGUGGCUCGGAGAGAGCGCACGGGCCGCAGCUCGAGAAGAAGCGGCUCAAUAGAGCACCGUCCCCGGCCAGACCCUUCAUCAAAGACGUUCACUCGCGCUCCACCAAAUCCUCACUCGUGCCCAAGUCUCCAAAACUGACCAAACAGUCUCCUGCGGUGCCACUUGCGCAUCCGAGCCGUAACUCCCGACGCACGGCUACUGCGGCCAAAGACAAGCCUCCUGCCGCAAAAACUGCCCCCAGAACCCCAGCCAAGAAGAGCCCCAAGGCCUGCCCCAAACCAGAGCCCACCAGCCCGGUCCUACUCGCAGUCCAGAAGGUCAAGCACGCGCAUGGAUCCCCUAUCCGCGUGCCCACAGGGGCUGAUAACGUCCGCGUGGCCGCAGCAGCGGGCAGCAGCUCGGACCUGUCGGACUGCUCGGCGCCGGAGUCUGGCACCGGCUCCAGUGACCGGGACAAUCCACAGGCGCGCGCCCCCGCUGUGGGCUCCGGAGCCCCUAUCCCUCCUCGCGCUGAGCCGCCCGGUGCCAGGAGCAUGCCCCAGCCCGACAAAGCCUCCCCGGCCCCCAAAGAGGCCCCCGAGGAGGAGCUGCUGCGGGAGAUAGAGGAUCUGCGCUCCGAGAACGACUACCUCAAGGAUGAAGUGGACGAGCUUCGCGCUGAGAUGGAGGAGAUCAGAGAUAAUUACCUGGAGGAGGAGGUGUACCAGGUGCAGGAGCUGCGCCGAGAGCUGGACCGCUCCAAUAAGAACUGUCGUAUCCUGCAGUACAGACUCCGCAAGGCCGAGCAGAAGAGUCUGAGGGUGGCACAGACCGGCCAUGUGGAUGGAGAACUGCUCAGGAGUCUGGAGCAGGACCUCAAGGUGGCUAAAGAUGUGUCCGUGCGCCUUCACAAUGAGUUGGAGGCGGUGGAGGAGAAGAGGAGCCGAGCGGAGGACGAGAACGAAGCCCUGAGACAGAAGAUCAUAGAGGUGGAGAUCUCCAAGCAGGCUCUGACCAACGAGCUGGACCGGACCAAAGAGAUGGCGCAGCGAAGGAGAGGAGGCAGAGACAGUUUCAAAGAUAAGAAAUCCACAAACCAGGAGGACAGUGCAGACCUUCGCUGUCAGCUGCAGUUCGUCAAGGAAGAGUCCAGUCUAAUGAGGAAGAAGAUGGCAAAACUUAGCCGCGAAAAGGACGAACUGGAACAAGAACUACAGAAGUACAAGUCAGUUUACGGGGACGUGGACAGCCCGCUACCGCUGGCCGAAUGCUCUGGAGGGGGCCCUCACUCCACGCGGGAGGCCGAACUACGUCUACGCCUCAAAUUAGUAGAAGAAGAAGCGAACAUUUUAGGUAGAAAGAUCGUAGAGCUGGAAGUCGAGAAUCGUAGCUUGCGCGCGGAAAACGAGGACAUCCGUUGCCAGUACGAACGCGAUUGUUUCGGUCGCGAACCGUUUUCGAGCAUGCCUUCUUCGCCGUACGGAGGAGAUGCGUUAGAAUCAGCCAACGAGCUACGCCGCCACCUGCAGUUUGUGGAAGAGGAGGCAGAGCUUUUAAGAAGGUCGAUAUCUGAAAUUGAAGAUCAUAACCGGCAGCUGACGUCCGAAUUGAAUCGUUUUAAGUUCGGGCCUAGCGGGAGUAGCGCAGUGGGAGAAGAAAGCAGCGAAGCGGGGUUGUUCAAAAGCGGGAAUGGGUCUAGCUUAAUCAUGGAAGAGCUCAAAUCGGCGCGAAUACAGAUCAACGAACUUAGCGGCAAAGUCAUGAAGCUGCAGUACGAAAACCGCGUGCUGCUUUCCAACGUCCAGCGCUACGAUUUGGCGGCAAACACUGGAACGCGCACAGCAAGUCCGAGGGAUAGCGACGCGGAUCAGGCAGCGGAAGAGGAAGACAGACUAAUGCUUCUACAGCCUAAACGCGAGGGUCCAAUCGGCGGGGAGAGUGAUUCAGACGAUCUAUUUGAAAAAACGGGUACAACUUCUGGGUUUGGUAGUAUCAAACCUUCAGAUGGUAGCGAGUUAAGCGCUAUCGAGCUUGCAAACCGUCGUAGAGAAGAGAGAGAGUCGUUUAACAAUGUGAAACGGGAAGCAGACAGGUUAGGGAAAACUGUGGACAGACUUAUAACUGAUACGGAUAGCUUGGUUUACGAAGGAAGACUGGUGGUAACAACCGGAGAAGCUACAGACGUGAGCAGUUCUUCCACUUCCAAACCUGAUACUCAAGUUUUGGACACCAUAAACACGCGGAUGAAGGCCUUCCGCACGGAGUUGCACAUUUUUAUGGAGAAACUGGAGCACGUCGGAGAGGCGUUCAGGGACAGGACGGACGAUCUUUCCCCGAUGCCAAAUCUUACCGAAUCCAGCAGCUUCCUGUCCACGGUCACCUCCAUGUCCAGAGAUUCGCCCAUAGCGACGUUUGGACGCGACCUCGGCACUGACUUCCAGCCCUGUCCGAGGGAUGAGCUGGAGUGGCGACUAGCUCAGGAGCGGUGCGCGGUCCCCGGACUCUCAAAGUACCAGCGGGGCCUGGCCUUAAGAGCAGAGAUCCGGGAUUCUUCGGUCUCUGACGUUCACUUCAGGUUGGACCCAGAACGAAGACUGAAGUCCAGCUCAGAGGAGGCCCCCUUCUGCCUCACACAGGAGGACGAGCGGCUCCGUGCAGAGGCCCAGCGCGGCGCUCUGCAGCUACCCGGCCUCCAGACUCACGACUCGGGCUGGCCUCAGGAGAGAGCCGCCCUGCACCAGGAGCUCCGACUCUUCAGGAGAAACACCAUCAUACUGUAUAUGAAACUCAGGGCCACUCUGGCACAGUGGAGGAGCAGGCACAGGGAGGAGCCAGCAGAGGGCGCAACACAGCCAGAGUUGGAGAGACUGGAGGGGAUCCCGGAGCUGAGCGUGGAGCAGACAGAAGCAGAGACAGAGCGCGAAGAUCGACUGAGUUUAGCCCACGGCACAGGCGAUGUCACGGAAACAGCGCCCCCUCUCGCCCUGCCCUCACCUGACAGGCACCUGCAGCACCAGAGACAGUUUGGUGAGAACAAGCGCCUCCUGCUGGCCCUGCGCUCUCUGCUGGAGGAGUUUCGGGAGGAGCUGAGGGAGGAGGAGAGGAGGCGGAGCCAGCUUCAGCAGAGCUUCGCCAGUGAGAAGGCCGAGUGGACAGUGAGAGAGAGCGCCAUGAAGAGCCAGAUCACACAGGUACAGAUGGAGCGCAGCAGACAGUCCUUAAAGCCACACACACACACACACACACACACACACACACAAUAUGCCCCAGUGACUGACGUGGACCCGGACCAGGCGUUGCAGCAGGAGAGGGAGGAGCACAAGAGGCUGCUGUCGGAGAGCCACAGCGCCACCUUGGACCUGCGCUGGAAACUGCAGCACGGCGAGAAGAGGUGGAGCCGCGAGAAGAGCGAGCUCCUGGACCAGUUCGAGCGCGAGAGGCAAGAGUGGGACUCCAGCAUGAGGGAGAUGCACCGCAAGAUGGACCGGCUGCAGAGAGAGCUGAACUCCCGUCGGGCUGAAGGAGCAGAGAGCACCCCGCACAGAGAGCCCUCACCCCCCCAGGACAGCCCCAAUGUGGCCCCCGCCCCCCCUCCUGCCCCCAUGCCCACCACGCGGUCGCACUCGGACUCGGACGCGGUGCUGGAGGAGCAGAGGGGGAAGGGUCCCUCUGAGAACCCCUUUGUGGACGCUCUGACGCUGGACCCGCUCAGCCUGGACGUCCCCUCAUCAGGCCUGGACAGUGAGAAGAGGUUCCCCUGUAUGAAGGAGGCCUUGAACGAGCUUUCGGAGAGAGAGGGAGAAUCCUACCCCGACGACGAGAUGGGAGGAGGCAGUCUGCUCAGGGCCAAGUCUGUCUGCUCCAUGAGUGACUUCCAGCGUUUGAUGGACAGCUCUCCGUUUCUCCCAGACAAGAACCGCCACAGCGACCGCGGCCCUGACGAAGUGACCCCGCCCCUUUCCCCCGACGAUCUCAAAUACAUCGAGGAGUUCAACAGUAAAGGCUGGGAUUUCCCAUCAGCCCUCGCUUCGUCCGCCUCCGCCGCUCCUCCAUUUCCCAGAGAGGCGUGGUCCGACAGAGGAUCCGAGUCUCACGGCAACGAGGGUUUGCUCGAUCCGUACACGCCGCCGUCUUGGUUUUUGACGACGAACGCUACGUUGACCACAAGUACAAUGAGCAGCCCCGAACACUGCCACAGGACGCAACUGAGAGGGCAUGGGGCGGGUGCAGUCGGAGUGGAGCAUUAUGGGUACUUGCACAGUCCAACCAGAACGUCGCCAGGAAAUGGAAGAGGGUCCAAUUUGGGUGACGAGGUAUUUAGCGCAGGGAGGUGGCCAUGCACAGGGCUAAGAACUCCACCGAACCAGCCCAUUUGCCCAACGGUCGGAUUCCCUUCUCCGUUAGAACUACAGCUCUCUCGAAACUUGAGCGACGACAUGAAAGAAGUGGCGAUAUCUGUCCGCAAUGCAAUACGCUCCCCUCCUGGACCGAUACUUCGGGAUAUGUCCUGCCAGACCAACGGUUUCACCACUAGGGGGACCCAAACUACCCAAACGAUAAGCGUGGGACUACAGACUGACUUGCUAAGAAACCUCACCAGCAGCCCGCACCGCUGUCUCACGCCAAAAGGGGGCGGCACUCCCAUUUCGUCCCCGUCCCGCAAUACGAGGAAGGUGCAAUACUCUCCGGUCAUCCAAAGCAAGUUCGAGCGACCGUGUUGUUCGCCCAAAUACGGUUCGCCCAAACUUCAACGCAAACCAUCGUCAUCGAGCAAGACUGAUAUCGCGAAUAGCAGUACACGCGCGCCUACGCCAACGACGCCGCAAAAAGGGAACAGCGAAUCGGCUUGGGCGCGGUCCACCACCACGCGGGACAGUCCGGUCCACACAACCAUCAACGACGGGCUUUCUAGUCUUUUUAACAUCAUCGAUCACACUCCGGUUAGCUUCGAACCCAUGCAAAAGUUCAACAAGUCCCCCAGCCGCUCGCGCCCUUCCGAACCAAGCCCCAUUCACGAACACAGGACUCAACAAGACACCUCAAGGACAGCUAGGGGGCGCUCUCCUAGCCCUGUGCAGCUAAUAGUGGAAACGCAUGGGGACAGGAACUCGGAGGUUAGCAUAAGGCAGGAUUUGUCCGCGCCGCCGGGAUACACGCUAGCCGAAAAUGCCGCGAGGAUUGUUAGCAAGAAACUUCAGGAAAGCUGUAGGGAGGAGCGCAGACUUCAAGGGGGGCAAAGCGGUCAGCGGGACAGCAGGAUGACGGAUUCGGAUAGGCAGCCCGGGUGUAUGGAGGACCUGCCUCGCUCGCCUGUGGCUCCUCCCCUGGACUCGUGUUUCCACCGGCCGGCCCGACCCGCCAACCGCCGCCCUCCGUCCCGCUGGGCCCGCUCCCCGUCCUCCUCCCCCCGAUGGAGCGCGGGGACAAACCUGGAGUUCACCUUUCCUCCAGCAGGGCGGCAGCGGGCCAUAGCCGAGACACAAGAGACAGAUUGA